UGAUUCGUUUUUAAUUUUGUUAGAUUUUAAUUUUAAUUUUUAAUAGGGUUUCUUUUCUUGUUUUUGUAUUAUGAUUGAAUCGAUUUAAUUUUUUCUUUCAAAAUGUCUGCCAUGUGAAUUAACUUCGGAUAAUUUUAAAAAAUAUAAAAAUUUAAAUUAAAACAAAAAUAUUAUCCAAAAUGAAUAUACAGACUAUAAGUGAUGUUUCUGAUUGUAUUCCACUUUAUUUGCCACAUAGCUUAUAUCUUAAGCCUGUGGCAAAAUUUAAAGUAUCAGUGUCAUUACCUAAUAAUAAGCUAGGAAAAACAAUUUCAAAUUAUGAUAUAAUGGAUAAAUUAAAUAGUGCUAUCAAACCGGACAAGUUCCUCGUUCUCAAAGUUUCCAAAAGCACGAUUGAAUUUAUACGCUUUGAGGGGGAGCUUGAAAAUUUACAAAAAUUAAGAAAAGUACUCACUCGCUUGGACGGACUUUCUUUUAGAUUAAAUGGUUUUUCGGAAUCAUUCAAAGUGCGUGCAAGCGAAUGUAAAGAUGAUUUUCCUAGUCGCCAUGACUGGGAUUCUUUUUUUCGAGAUGCUCGAAAUAUGGAUGAAAUGAAGGCCGGAGAAAGGCCUGAUACUAUACACAUUACAAACCUACCUAUUAGAUGGUUUUGUCCUAGACAUUUAGAAAAUGAUGACAACGUAAAACCAAGUGAAAAUAUUUUUAAGAGGAUAUUUGAAAAAUUUGGUAGUGUGCGAUGUGUUGAUAUUCCAAUUUGUGAUCCAUAUCGAUCAAAAAUGAAAACGGAAAUAACAGGAAUGAAAACAUUCAGUUUUGAUAAUGAAGUUAUGUUUGAAGGUUAUGUACAAUUCAGCGAGUACGUCGGCUUUGUUAAAACAAUGGACGAGUUUCGAGGAAUGAAACUUGUAAAAAAAUGUGGCGAUAAAAACCAAGCUGUUAAUAUUUUAGUUAACUUUGACAAAACCAAACAUUUAAGCGAUGCAAGCAUUAAACGAAGAACUAUAGUUAGAGAUCGAUUAAUGGCUAAGGAACGUGCUAAGCAAGAAGACGACAUAAAAAGAAAAAAAGAGGAGGAGGCUAGAGCUGAAAGGGAAAGGAAAAGACAAGAAGAAUUAAAAUUACAAGAACUUGAAAAACAACGGGAAAGAGAAGAAAAACGUAAACAGAAGCAUUUAAAAAAAUUACAAGAGAAAGGAAACAUUGAAAUCAAUCAUAAAAUAAAAAUGGAAGAAAGAAAAUUAAUGAUAGCUCAAAGAAAGUUGGAAAGUAUUAGAAUAUUAGAAGCUUUAUUUGAAAGAAUAAAGUUAAAAGAAUCACUAAACAGUAAAACACUUAAGAGCAAAAGCCAAGUAAAAAAAAAUAAUAAAAAUUUGGAAACUAUUGAUUUACGUAAUAAGUUAAUAAAUCGAUAUAAAUCUGCUCAUGAAGAAAUUAUAGAGAAACAAAAAUCUAAACUUGCUCAAGUAAAAGGAAGAACUGGACUUCUUGCGCUAUUAAAAGAACAAAACAAAUCUCGAUCUCCAAGUGUAAAUUCAAUCAGUUCAGAUGACUUGAGUGAUAUUUUAAGUGACUCCAACAUAAGUGAAAGUCAAAGAAAGAAGAAACUGAAAAAAAGAAAAAAGAAAGGUGGAGAUUCUUCCACGGAAUUAUCGUUAGAUGAAGAAAACACUGAAGAGCAAGUGGCAACAACAAAUCAGUUUGGUGCUGCAAUGUAUAACUCUGAAAUAAUACCCGAAUGGUUUCAAAUGGGAUUUUACCCAUAUGGAGCACCCAUGUUUCCUGGAAUUGCUCCGCAGUUGAGGCCAAAUUAUGCCGGACCCAUGAACAACUAUAACAGAGGGUUUAUUAGAGGAAGGGCAAGAGGGCGUGGACUGCGUGGUACUCGUGGUAGAGGUCAUUAUAAUAAUUCAUACAAUACCCACAAUAGUGAAAAAUAUAAUCAUAAAUAUGCUGACGCCGAAUAUGAGGAAGAUGAACACUAUCAAGAUGAACGGAAAAGAAGUUCUAGGUCAUACUCUCGUGCACGUUCGAGGAGUCGUUCCAAAUCAUAUCAUAAACAUUCAAGAUCCAGGCGAUCCCGUUCAAGAAGAAGUCGUACGAGAACGCGAAGCAGGUCUCGCUCCUCUCACCACAGAUCAAGGCGACGUGGACGUUCUCGAACUCGUUCAAGGUCCCGCUCUCGAUCUCGUUCAAGAUCGUACUCGAAACAUAAAUCUAAGAAACUAGUAUCGACUCGUCGCUCCAAAUCUAUAUCAUCAUCUACUGAUCGUUCUCGUUCAAGAUCUAGGAGCAGAAAUAGACAUCGCCGGUCAUGGUCAAGACGAUCAAGUAGGAGUAGGGUUGAUGAUGUCUUAAAAACUGUUGCAGGCAUGGUAGUUGAAAAAGCCGAAAGUUCAAGAAGUCCGGAAGACUUUUUGCAACCAGAGAAGCUUACUCUUUCAGCUAAAGAAAUACAAAGAACUGUCCAACAGAAAUUACAAGAACGUCUUGAAAUGGAGGAAAGGAAACGUAAACUCUCAAUUGAAGGAAAUGAUUCUUCCACUAACGGACAUUUAAUCAAAGAACAUGUUAAAGAGAACUCCACUCGAAGAUCUCGUAGCCGUAGUAAUAGAGAUGAUCGAAAUGAAAAUUCAGUCUCACCUUCAAGAAAUUCUAGUAAAAGAGGGUCACCUCCUAGCAGAAAUAAUUUAUCACCCCAAAGCACAGCAUCUUCCACAAAAAAAUCGCCUAAUCGUUCAGAAAAAGAUGAUGAUUAUGAAAAUUAGUAAAUUCUACAAAUUUUAUGUUUUGCAAUUAAGUAUAACAGAUUUGUAAAUUAAUAAAUUAAUAAUAUCAAUUAUAUAAGAUCAAUAUUUUGAUGUAAUAAAAUCAUUAUUAGGUAAUAGAAUAAGAGCAUUUCCUUCACGAUCCAAGUAAAAUUAUCAAAAAAAAAAAUUAGCUUUAGAGAUGAAUUUUUUUAAAUAGAUCUAUGAAAUAAAUUAUUUCGUACCUUUACAAAUGCGCUGAAAACAUAAAUUUUGCAAAAUAUCACAUUCAAAAAAAUUUGAUAAAAGCUGUUCACAUUGUACACUGCUAAAAACUUUUGCUAGACGUAGUGGAUACAUAAAAUGAAAGUAAGUAAGUUAGGUAGCGAAAAAACUAAGCAUAAAAAAUUUCUGUUUUUUCCACAACUGAACAUAAACAUGAUUAUGCACAUUAUGUAUUUUUAAAAUAUCUAUGUUUAAAUAUUGUAAAAACUUUAUUUUAAAACAUGGCAAUUAGAUCAUAUUUAUUAUUCAAAUAGAAUCAGAUUUAUUACAUACUAAAAAAUCUAAAUACUUUUUACAAAUUUAUCGGCUACUUAACUCUUGCAAUAUAGUUAUUUUCCAACGCAACGGAACGGAAUUAAUAAUCUAAGCACUUUUUGGUUUCAUAUAGAGUUAGGAACCUUGAGGCGAGUUUUAUUAAAAUUUAACAUUUGUGUCUAUUAAAAUUAUUAAAUACUUGAAAGAUGGUGGAUAUCGAAUCUUGUUAUUUGGACACUCAAAUACAUAUAUUAAUACUUUAAUAUAAAGUUUGAAAAUCUACAUUAUGUAUUUUCAAAUAUUCUGAAUAACAUUGGCAUUUAUAACAACGAAGAGAAAACUUGUAAUAAUGCUUAUAAUUACCAAGUUUAACUAAAAUUUCUGUGUCAGAGAAUAGAGGAUAAAUCAGCCGUUAUUAGAUAGAAAUUUUUUUUUUGUGGACAUUUAUAGGUUAUACAAACUAAAUUAUUUACCGACUGUAUAUUAGUUUUUUAGUUAUGAAGAGUGCUUCACUACCUUAAAAGAAAGCAUUGGUAGGUAAUGGUAAAUUCUUAAACGUCAAAUUUUACAAAAUCUGAGUUGUCUGAGUUUACGGAUACUCUACUACGUUUUUACUCUCAGUCAAAGUUUAAAUUCUUAAACGUUUAAAAAAAGUCAAUUAAGCGUCAAAAUUGUAGAUUUUUUUUUUUACA